AUGCGCAAUGCCAGCUGUUCAACCCAACGUCUGCAGCAGGGUGCUUUGCAACCCGGGUUGAAGGGGAUCGUGCCCCGGGCUGUCAUUGGUCCAACGCCGGGUGCGCCUACAGGCAUGAUGAUCAACACCCGGGUGAACGGUGGGGCAGUGCUGAAUCAAGGGAUGGCAUGCCACAUACCUCGCUUUAUCGACUCGUGGUGUUUGAGUCGGCUCGGGGCGAUGUGGAGUCCAGAGGUGCCCCGCUACGUCUCCUCAUCAGCACCCGGCGAUCUGACAAUUCGCUAUGGAUCCGGUACGGACCUCUCUGUGGUUGGAAGUUGGUCGGAAAAGAACCGUGGAAGAUCAAAGCUCGCUGACAUAUAUAAAUACCGGCUGCAGAACAAUCCUCGAGUAUGCUGGGAUGACUCCAGCGACGUUCUUCAAGACAUCAUGGUCGGCCACGGUUGCAAUGCUCAGGAGAUUCCAGAUUACAGGCUUCUGGCCCUGGAUGACCUCGAUCUAGACCAAUUCUCUCCCCCACAGACUUUUGACCAAUGGCCGUUGUCCGACUGCGCGGACAACUUAUAUUCACAACAUUCCCAAGAUGCCUGGACGCCUUUACGACUCUCAACCGCACCUACCGGCUGUCAACAGUCGCUAUUACCGGACACCAACUUUGGACUAUAUAAAACACAAUAUGCGGCCCCAUCCGAGUCAGGCAGCCAUUACAUGAGCAAUUUCUCCGACUCGGGAUACGCAAGCACGAACGGUGCACCGUCGCUGUCCCAUACUGUAGACUCCUACUCGAGUCCCCGCAUGAAUUUCAGGGACCAUGCCCUCCACGACUCGAUGAUAAUAGACCAGGUCCCUAUGGCCUCAGUUCCGGGGCUUGCGGGGGAUUUGCGGGAUAGCUCCGAGACUUCUGUCAGAUGCACCCAUCCUGGCUGCGGAUGGACAGGAAAAUGUCCUUCUGAUAAAAGGAAACACGAAGCCCGACAUGACAAACAAUACAAGUGCAACGAGCCUGGGUGCACUCGCAAAGAGGGCUUUGGCACUGCGAAUGAUCUCGAGCGUCAUCGUAAAUGCGUUCAUGGUAAAGCGCCGGAGCGUGGUCCUAGUGUGAUGUACAAAUGUUUCGGAAAGGAUUGCCCACGCGCUGAGAAGCAAUGGCCUCGGCUAGACAAUUUCAAGCAGCAUUUGAACCGAAUGCACAAGAAUGAGGAUCAAAAGGAACUGCUAGACAGAUCGAACGACUGGUACAAGCAUCUGUCUCGCCAAACACCUGAAAAGGUCAAUGUGGAUACUUCCAUGGAUGAUGUAGCAUCUGAACUACAAACCUUUGUUCCAUCCCAGCUCGGAGAGCUGGAGAUGGACGUACGAAGUAGCCCUAUGGGUCCACAUGGGAGUGACGACGUCUUGUCUUCAAGGGCCGCAACACCAAGACCAUACCCCAGUCCUUCGUACCCAGAAGCAUCGUUUCUCGAGGGUCACCAGCUGGUGGCUUCUCCGGAGAUUCACACAUCCUGGGCGCAGGAUCGUAAUGAGCUACCAGGGGCAACGUCAGUCAAAUCAGAACCCACGGCCGCCAACCUUCCAGCCCCUCUGAUGACAUACAUGACCAACCUAUGGAACAGUCAUACUCGAAGUUCCAGUCAACAUAGCGAUGAGGGCAUUCACAUGGAAUCUGAGAGCUCACAACUCUCCCAACUUGAUCGCCAGCAGCUACAACGCUUCCUCGAGAUGGCCCUGGAAAAGCUUCCAGAAGAGGUCCCAGCUGAGGAGGCCAAUAGCCGCAAGGAAAUCCAAUGUCAUCUCUGUGACAAAAAGACUCGACUCCCGUGCGAAAUGAAGAAACACCAGAAACGCCACGAGCGACCCUACUUCUGCACAUUUCCCUACUGCGGCAAAGCCUUCGGCAGCAAGGCGGACUGGAAGCGCCAUGAGAUCACCCAGCAUCUAAAUGAGUCCAGCUGGCUAUGCACCAGUGUGAAUGCGCGCACACGGGCACCAUGCGGAACUGUGUUCUACCAAUUAGACAUGUAUGCUCGACAUCUGAGCCAACAGCACAAUUAUACAAACGACCAGAUCGCUACAGCUGUGCCCUCUGGUCGGCUCGGCAUCGCUGCCAACGAGGACCAUUUCUGGUGCGGAUUUUGCCGGAAGCACAUCUCUAUCAGCAACAGUGCUUCAUCACUCAACGAGCGGUUUAAUCAUAUUGACAUCGAACACUUUAAAAAGGGCGAGCGUGGGGACAGCUGGGUUUUCUCCGAUGGGAGUAAUAUGCCGGGGUCUGAGGGCCAGCGCAAGCGGAAGCACCCGGAUCAACAUUCUAUCUCAGAUAGAGUACAGUAA